GCCAGGAUAUUCAAUAAAAUAUACUGUAAUGUAUAACUUAUAUUUAUCAUAGACGUCUGUUAUGUAUUUGCCAUAAAAGUCAGCUUUUAAUUUGAAACUGGCAGAGAAGAGAGACUCAAGAAAGUAAAUUCUAAAAGAAGCAUUUAAUACUGCAAAUGUGGACAGCUACACCAGGUUCUGCUCAAGACUGUAAAAUUGCAAAUGGAUAAAACAAACUUUGUUAAAUAACUCAGAUAAGUAUUCUGACUGCAUUCUUGAAAGCCUUUUUUUCCCUGUACAGGAUCACUACAGUUAAGAAAUCCCAAAGCUACAGCUCUAGGCAAAUCCUGAAAAAAAUGGGUCUAUAACUUCCAAAUUUGCUUUUCUUCAGAUUCAUCUGUUUCAGGAGGCACAAAGUCUAUAUGCUAUAAAUGGUACAUUAUGAACAUAUUAUCAGAUAUGAGAAGUAACUGAAGCCAACUUAAAUACAAUGCUGUCUACUCCUCUAUUAUAUGGAAUCUUAAUGCUCACAUCAAGCGUCGGAUCAGUAUCUGGAAAUAUUCUGUUGCUAAUAAUAUCUGUCCUCAACCCAAAACUGCAUACAGACACUUCACCACUGAGCUUCAACCUCAACAUCUGUGAUCUCAUUUUAGGGUUAACUGUGAUUCCUGCUGGAAUAUACAACAGUUUGUCUGGAGUGGCAACCUUCACUGAACAUCAAGCUGUUUGCCAGCUGACAGCUUUUCUCUAUGUACUGCUACAGCUUGCAUCCAUUAAUUCUCUCACCUGGAUCACGGUUGACAAGUUUGCUGAAAUAUGUUACCCCUUACACUAUGCACAGCUAAUCACAAAACAGCGGAUCUGGUUAAUUUUAGUUUUUUUGUGGAUCUACUGCAUACUGAAUGCAACUGCUCCGCUCUUUGGCUUUGGAACUUACUCAUAUAAUGAAAGCAAAUACAUCUGUCUGCCAAGUUUUAGUUUGACUACAAAAGCCUACAGUGUCAUUUUCCUGUCCAUGGGAAUUGUUGUUCCAGUACUUGCAACUUGUUUUAUGUAUUCAUGCAUCAUUCAUACUGCCAGACAUCAAGCAAAAAGAGGAACUUUUGUCUGCAAUGAUCAGCACUGUUACUAUGUACCAGCUAAAUCGUACUUCAGGAGUACAAUCCUGCUGAUAUCAACCACAAUAUGUUUGCUAAUAUGCUGGACUCCUUACAUCACUAUUAGUUUCUAUGAAACAUUUCAAAGCAAUGCAGUUCCACCUUUGGCUAAUGCAAUCUCCAUAUGGCUAGUGCUUUUUACUUCGGCUCUUGAUCCUUGGGUUAAUGCUAUGGUGCAAAAAAAGUACAGACAAGCUUUAUGUGAAAGCUGGAAAAAACUAAAGCAAAAAUUUGUAUGUAAAACACAGGAAAUUCCAGCCUUCCCAGAACAGAAGGAUGCCACCUACAGAUCACCAAGACCUUCUCCAAGAAGUAUUCCACUAAGAAACAUUUUAACUUGAGCAGAACAAUGUUCAGUCUUGAUUUUAUGAGUGUCAGGCAGCUCCUGCAGAAGAAGGCUUUUAUGUUGUGUUCAGACGUAUAGGGAAUAUAUCUAUGGUACUUUUUUAGAUGUGUUUUUAUACUGCAUGUAGUAAAGUACUUGUGAAGUGAUUUAUUUUACUGUAUUUUAAAUGCCAGUGGGAUACUUACUGCAUAAUAAAAUACUUAAGAUCUAUUUAAUAAACAUCGAACACAUACUAUGAACAAGCAAAAUAUAACAAAAAAUAUCUGGUCUGCUUGUAUAAAAUAAUGUUAACUAUAGUACUGGUAAACUUAACAAAUCUAGACUUAACCAAAAACAAAGAGAACACACCAGCAAAAGCACAUGAUAGCCUGUCAAAAUGUUAGGUAGAGUGAUGUGAACUGAACAAUAAUGUGUUCUAGUCUUAGAAAAGUGCUGUCAAGAUCCAAUAAGUGAAUAUGGAAUGGGGGGAAACGUAACUAGGAUGAACAAAGUCAUUCUAAAGGUAUAGAAGAUUUAUUAUGCACAUUUACACAGCAGCAAUCUUCUGCAUCAAAAGGUGCAAGAGGGCCAAAGCAAAACUGGCUAGGAGGAAAGUAAAUGAAGCCAAACCUACACCACCAAAGGAAUGAAACAGGGAAGCCUUCAAUUGCUGCCAAACUCAAAGGGAUUCCAUAAGAAGCUCUCUAUUAUGGUGGGUUAAGGAUGUGCCCAAAUUCAAUGUGCAAAGCAUAGGAAUUGAAUUAAAUGCAGGACGUAAGACAGUGUGUCCCUAUAAGCAAAAACAGAAAGGGUUAUGCACUUGGAGGCUGGAAACCUUCUUGGCACAGAAAAAAAUCUUUUUAUGAAAGACAGAGAAAGUGUCGCUUUCGUGUUGGCACACGAAUAAAUGAG